AUGGUGAAAGACUGGCAACUGGAACUGCCCAAACUCUUAAUCUCUGUCCAUGGAGGCCUCCAGAACUUUGAAAUGCAACCUAAAUUAAAGCAAGUAUUUGGAAAAGGUCUGAUAAAGGCUGCCAUGACCACAGGAGCUUGGAUUUUCACUGGAGGUGUUAGUACAGGUGUCAUUCGUCAUGUGGGAGAUGCCUUGAAAGAUCAUUCUUCCAAAUCCAGAGGACGAAUAUGUGCCGUAGGAAUUGCACCAUGGGGCAUUGUAGAAAACAAGGAAGAUCUGAUAGGCAAAGAUGUAACACGAGUUUACCAAACAAUGUCAAACCCUCUAAGUAAGCUCUCUGUGCUCAACAGUUCCCAUACCCACUUCAUUCUGGCAGACAAUGGUACGCUAGGUAAAUAUGGAGCUGAAGUAAAGUUACGACGUCAGUUGGAAAAACACAUUUCCCUCCAGAAAAUUAACACACGGCUGGGACAAGGUGUUCCUGUAGUUGGGCUCAUAGUGGAAGGGGGUCCCAACGUGAUCUCCAUAGUCCUAGAGUGUCUACGAGAAGAACCCCCUCUCCCUGUUGUGAUAUGUGAUGGUAGUGGACGAGCAUCAGAUAUUCUGUCAUUUGCUCACAAGUAUUCAGAAGAAGGAGGGAUAAUAAGCGAAUCCCUCAGGGACCAGCUUCUAGUUACCAUCCAGAAAACAUUUAACUACAACAGGAACCAAGCUCAUCAGUUGUUCAUCAUUCUUAUGGAGUGCAUGAAAAAGAAAGAACUUAUUACCGUGUUCCGCAUGGGGUCUGAAGGGCAACAGGACAUUGAGAUGUCUAUCUUAACAGCUCUCCUCAAAGGUACCAAUGCAUCUGCUCCAGACCAGCUCAGUUUGGCUUUGGCCUGGAAUCGUGUAGACAUUGCACGCAGCCAAAUCUUUGUCUUUGGACACCACUGGCCA